GUGACUUAGCCACUAACCUAGAAAUGUGAGCUGGCUAGUCCUGGCCAGUGUCCUCUCCUCUCCGUGUGUGACACGGUUAAUAAUUAGCCUUCCAUUUUGAUUGGCAGGGACCUUAGUCUGAAGGACAAUAUGCAUUUUAAGCAAGCCACACGUUGAAUAAGGCACUAAGUAGCCAAAGCCAUUUUACGAUAUGUCCCUCGAUGUAGCAAUAACAUCCUCGGUUCUGGCAGAGGGAGGCUAGAAAGAAAGCAAGGGAAAUGCACUGUUCAAUUUAUAACUUCAAGAAAUGCUGCUUCAGCACUGGCAAUCGCAUCCUCUGUUUCAGUACGCCGUCCUGAGGGAGCUAUCCGGAAACCGCAGAAAUUACGGACAUAGCACGUUUCUGAUCUUGGAAUGGAGCUGUGAAAGCCAAGAUCUCCCUGAGGGGCAGUUGAGAAAGCAGGCUGCCUUUGAAGAGGUGACACAGACAUCUUCAUGGCUUCUCCAGAUUCUCACAAUCAGAUAGGCCAGGGGUCAGCUGGUUUUCUGCCUGGCUCUACAGACCCUGAACGAAGUCAUCCCGCUGCAACAUCCAGUUCCCAACAACAAGUACCACGGCCUCCUCCUCUGCCACCUGCCAGCCUCCCUCCUGGAUUAGAACACUUAAGUCAGCUAGACCUGAUCAUUAUACACCAGCAAGUGGAGCUCCUUGAAAUGAUACUAGGCACUGAAACCUCCAACAAAUACGAGAUCAAAAACGGCCUAGGACAGAGAGUUUACUUUGCAGUGGAGGAAAGCCUCUGUUUUAACCGCACCUUCUGUGCCCCACUGCGGUCCUGCACCUUAAGAAUCGUCGACAACACCGGCCGUGAGGUGAUUGCGGUCCAUCGACCGUUACGAUGCAUCAGCUGUUGGUGUCCUUGCUACUUACAAGAGUUAGAAAUCCAAGCCCCUCCAGGGAUUGUAGUGGGAUAUGUUGUUCAGAAGUGGGACCCUUUUCUGCCUAAAUUCACAAUUCAAAAUGAGAAUAAAGAAGAAGUCCUAAAAAUUGUUGGCCCUUAUGCAACAUGUGGAUUUUUUGGCGAUGUGGACUUUGAGGUGAAAACUAUUAAUGAAAAGUUGACAAUUGGGAAGAUUUCCAAGUACUGGUCGGGGUUUGUCAAUGGUGUCUUUACAAACACAGACAACUUUGGAAUUCAUGUGCCAGCAGAUCUAGAUGUGAAAAUAAAAGCGACAAUGAUUGGUGCCUGUUUCCUCAUAGAUUUGAUGUAUUUUGAACACUCCCUGGCAGGACUCUAACAAGGAAGCUGAUGGAAGCAAUUAAAUAUUCAGGACAAAUUUGGGAAUCCCCCAGGCUCUGGAUUUCUGGUAUGAAUGGCCUGAAGAGUUUCAUCAUAGAAUUAUUAAAAUAUAACCUAAUGGAGCCAUUUAUUCAGUCAUGUGGGUAUGUGCGGGCACUAAACAUCCAGUUUCUAGGCUGAAGCCUAGUUGGCUUUGCACACUGCCUUGCUUUUUUUUCUUUUGUCUUCCCUUCUUUUCACAGUUGAAGAGACCAGAAAGGGCAAAUGGCUUGCUGCAUCACAUGGAAAUGCAUUAUAACAAGACAACACGGAGGCUUUUACAAUAUUGGGACUAAUUACUAAUCCAAACUUCUGGGCUUUUUAUUGAUUUUCCAGGAGAUUUUUCUCCUUGUUUUGCAGCACCUUUGGUUGCAAGAUACUUGGAGCAGGGCAGGAACUAUCCAUGCAUACCAAUGCUUAACUCCAGAGUAUUUCCACACAUCACCACUUAAUAAUGAUAUUAAUAAUAAUAAUCAUUAAUGAUUAAUGAUUAAUGAUAUUAAUAAUAAUAAUCAUUAAGCACUUACUAUGUAUCAGGCACUGUUCUAAGCCCUGGAGGCACCUACAGGCAAUAUGCACUAACACGUACUUCCAGAUGUAAUGAGACACAAUUGUGAUCUUUGUUGUUUUUUUGGUUUGCUUUUCACCCACUGUUCACCAAAAAAUAAAUAGUGUUAUUUGUUAAGCACCUACUGCGUGCACAGUACUGUACUA